GCGGGGCUGCGAGGAUGCCCGCUGCGGGGCCGACCCGGUAGGCAGCGCCCGGCGGGCAGGGCGCCGCGGGCGGGGCGGCCGCUCCUCCGCUAGGCUGCGCGGCCGGGCAGGCCAGGCCAGAGGAGCGCUCGGCAUGUCGCAAGGGCUCCCGGCCACCGGCAGCGUCCUGCAGGGGAGCGUCGCGGCUCCCGGGAACCAGUCGCAGCCGCAGGUAAGCCCCGAGGAUGAUGACAGGAGGGUCCGAAGGAGAGAGAAAAACCGAGUUGCUGCUCAGAGAAGUCGGAAGAAGCAGACUCAAAAGGCUGACAAACUCCAUGAGGAAUAUGAGUGCCUGGAGCAGGAAAACACGGUGCUGCGGAGAGAGAUCGGGAAGCUGACGGAAGAGCUGCGGCACCUGAGUGAGGCACUGAAGGAGCACGAGAAGAUGUGCCCGCUGCUGCUCUGCCCCAUGAACUUCGUGUCUGUGCCUCGGCCGGACCCGGUGGCCGGAUGCCUGCCCCGGUGAAGCCCAAGGACCCUCCUCCUCUGCGGAGCGAGGAGCCUUGCUCUUUUCCACCCCUGGGCCGGGGGCAGUCCCUGCGCAUCUGUGUACAGGGCGACCUGCUGCGGGGCCGCCGCCGCCCGGCUCCCCGCGGGUCCCCCGCACAUGCGGCUCUGCAGGAAGCCCCCGCAGGUGCCCGGCGUGGAGUCCUCCAGUGAAUCCAGGCAAGAAGGCACCCUCGGGAGCCACUUCUCGUCCACUUUGGCAGCUAGUAGGUUCCGCUGUUAUGUAGAAUCGUUUCCUCUAGAA